AUGGAUACAUCUACUUCUGAGACUAAAAAAAAAUCAAAUACCAAAUAUAAAUUAUUUAAAGCUUGGAGCCAGUUACAAGAUUCUGAAUACAAGAGUCUAGGAAAAGCUUUGGACAAAUUUCAAUCUAAAGAUCGUCACAAAGUUGAAACUCUAAAAGCCAUAGUAAUUCCUUGGUUAAAGAAACAUAUAACAGAUCACAUUGGACCAAUUCCUCAAACUGCAACUGUUAAUUAUGUGGAUAUUCCUAUAGAGACAAUAUUUACCUAUCGUGCUGCUUUAAUGAACACUUUGAACUAUGCUAUUGACAGAUUAAAUCAAAAAGGUGUAUACUCCAAUGUGAUAUCUUUUUGUGCUCGUGUAUUAGCAAUAUGCUUCUUCAAGAUUCCUGGUGUAGGGUUUGCAUUAUUACAAGCUUUACCUGUUAGUAAAUCCCACAUAAAAAGAAUGUUAAAUGAAACCAUUGGUGAUGAAGAUAAAAGUAUUGAACCGAUUAAAAAACAAAAUGAUGAGACUGCUUCAUUCUUUCCUAAUCAUUUAAAGACGUUAUGUUAUCUCAAUAUUAGAACAUGGUGGCAACAGUUAGAAGAUGCUAAAAAAUCAAGGGGUAAACCUCCAAUUGAAAUGAGUGGAAAUUGGAUACUUGCCUUCAAAUCAAUAACUCCUCCUUUAAAAUAUCUUACUGCCCCAGGAUAUAUUCACUUAGCAACAUUUUUUCUGCUUAAAAUAGAAUCUUUAAUUCAUCGUAAUAUUCAUACAAUCACCACAGUAAUACAAUUUGAGCAACCGAAGGGUAAUAAUAGUAAUAAUAUUCCUCUAGAUGCUGCAGAUAUUGGUAUAGGAUCCUUACCUGCAACUAAUAUUAGAGUUGGUAGCAAUAAAAACAAAAACAAUAAUAAUAGUAAUUUAGAUUAUCACAGCAACGAUGGAAAUUCAAAUUUAGGUAACAACGGUAAUAACGUAACGGAAAUUGGCGCAUCAGUAAUUAAUAAUAAUAAUGAUGUUAUUAGUAAUUCAGGUAAACCUAAAGUGUUAGAGACGGCCAGUAAAAGGUUUGUUGAAACAAUGGUUGCUAUUGUGGAAAAUGGUUAUUUUCAAGAGAUGUGUAAUGUUUGGAUAAAGGCUGUUGUAAAGAAAACUAAUAUGUAUGACGCAGAAAGUGUAUUCUGUCUAUUAGAUUUUAUUGAUACGCUAAUAGUGGAAUUAGACACAAGAGACAGUAUUAUAAUGUCGAUAGAACCAUCAAGUCCAGGUUCAGUUAGCAGUAAUGAUAGUUCUAAUGAUUCAAAUACUGCUUUAUUUUCACCACCGAAUCUUACAAACAUAAUUGAUGUAUCGUUUUACAUCUCAUUGGUCCAAAUUUUACUUAAAAAUUCUGAUCAUUCCAUAACAAUCUUAAGAACAAUUAGUUUUAUAUAUACCCAUUUUACACUCUUAACAUCCCAAUCUAACCACCUAAAACACUUAGUCAAAGACACGCUUUUAAAUGAACAAAUUUUUGAACAAAUGUUUUGUCAUUGGUCAAGAAAUAUUAGAAUAUACUACAUGCGUUUAUUGGUAUGGAGAGUGGGUAGAAUGGCUGGAAGUAUUAAGAAAAAUAAUAAAAAACUAUUAAAUUAUAUUAAUGGUGACGGUGAUAACGAUGACGAUUUUAUUGGAGAAAAUAAAAAUUUACAAACAUGUUUUGAAUUCAUAUCAAAUUAUACUGGAGAAAUGAAAGAUCUUCAAAAUGCUAUAAAGGCCAAAAUCGAAGAAAAUAUUCAAGGAACAAAAAAUUAUGAUAAAAACAAUCAAAUCAAAUCGUAUAUUUACCCACAAAUAUCUCCGCCCAUCGAUUCUAAUAAAAAUCCUAAUGGAAAUCAACACAAAAGAAAAAUUUCAACAACGACUACUACCAUAAUUCAAUGGAUGCUAAAAAAUAAUCAACAAACAACUAAAGCUAUUUUUGAAUACGAGGCAGUAAAUCAGGAUUAUGCUGAAUGGUGUGGUCAAGUUACUAAAACAAAAUUUCCUAAAUUAACAGUCGAUUAUCCAAAAUAUUUUGGAAAUGGACUUGUAAAUACAAUGUUUUAA